AUGAGAUUCAGGGUUCCUCACCUCAAGCCCAACGAGGUGCCUGUGACGGAGGAGCGGCAGACACAGACUGACGCUGAGGGUUUGCAGUAUGAGGACGACCGCAAGGGCGCUCCUACUGCCAACGCCACGGACGACGACGGCAGCGAGAUCGUCAACAGCAAGUUCCAGCAUGGCGUGCAGAGUGCGCAGGCCAUGACCCAGGUGUGGUCGAUGUCUCAUCUCAUCGCCGCCUAUAUCAUCAUCUGGGUCAUCCACUUCAUCAUGGCAUUUGCUUCAGGUGUUGUCACGACUCUCACCCCUUAUGUCACCAGCGCCUUCUACGAACAUUCCCUCACAGCCACGACGUCCAUCCUGUCCAACCUCAUCGGAGGUCUAGUCAAGCUGCCCUAUGCCAAACUGAUUGACAUCUGGGGUCGUCCACAGGGCUUCGCCUUGAUGGUCGGCUCCAUGACCCUGGGACUGAUCAUGAUGGCGGGCUGCAACAACGUGCAGACGUACUGCGCGGCACAGGUCUUCUACUACGUCGGAUACAACGGCAUCAACUUCACCAUGACCAUCUUCAUCGCCGACACCUCUGCGCUGAAGCGGCGAGCCUUCUGGCUGGGAUACGUCUCGUCGCCGUACAUUGCUACCGUCUGGGCGUACGGCCCGGCGUGCGAUCGCAUCCUCGCGACCAUCGGCAUGCGCUGGGGCUUCGGCAUCUGGGCCAUCGUCAUGCCCGUCGUGUCGGCGCCGCUGUUCUGGCUCUUCUGGCACAACCAGGUCAAGGCGGACCGCAUGGGCCUGAUCCCCAAGACCCCCAGCAACCGCACCUUCUGGCAGUCUGUCAAACACUACACCAUUGAGUUCGAUGUCGGCGGGUUGAUCCUCCUGAGCGCCGGGCUGGCCCUCUUCCUGCUGUCCUUCAGCUUGUACGCCAACCAGCCGGACACCUGGCGCUCGCCGCUGAUCAUCUGCUUCCUGAUCUUCGGCGGGCUGCUCAUCAUCGCGUUCGGCUUCUAUGAGGCCUACCUCGCGCCCGUCACCUUCAUCCCGUGGUCGCUGCUGAAAGACCGCACCGUCUUCUUCACCUACACCAUGGCGGCCAGUCUGUACAUCGCCUGGUACGUAUGGGACAACUACUUCUACUCGAUGCUCAUCGUGGUCUUCCGCCAGAGCGUCACCCAUGCUACCUACAUCACCAACAUCUACACGGUCGGCUCGUCAUUCUGGGCGAUCGUGUUCGGCCUCAUUCUGCUGAAGUUCGGCCGGCUCAAGUGGCACGCCUUCGGCUUCGGCGUGCCCAUCACCAUCCUCGGCGUCGGCUUGAUGAUCCACUUCCGCGAGGCCGGCGUCGACAUCGGCUACAUCGUCAUGUGCCAGAUCUUCAUCGCGUUUGGCGGUGGCACCCUCGUCAUCUGCGAGCAGAUGACCGUCAUGGCGGCGUCGUCGCAGCAGCACAUUCCGGCUGUCCUCGCGAUGGAGGGCAUGGUCGCCAGCAUUGGGUCAUCGGUCGGGUCGACCAUCGCGGCCGCCAUGUGGACGGGCAUCUUCCCGAAGAAGCUGGCGAAGUAUCUGCCGGCGGAUGCGAAGGGCAGUCUAGCCAAGAUUUAUGGCAGUAUGACCGUGCAGGCGUCCUACCCUGAUGGAUCGCCGACGCGUAUUGCGAUCGACCGCUCCUACAGCGAGACGCAGCGGCUGAUGCUGAUUGCGGCGACUUGUUUGUACAGUGUUACUUGGGCGUCGACGUUGAUGUGGAGAGAUAUCAAUGUCAAGGGCAUGAGACAGGUGAAGGGCCGUGUGAUGUAG